AUGUCGGAUAUUGGCAGCGGUGACGAGGGGAUUUCUAGUCAGAAAUAUCAUGGUCAAGGCAUGGACGCAGGCGGGAACAAUUUUGACUCCGGUCAGCAGCCACAGGAGCAGGAGUUGGCGACGAAGAUGCUACAGAUCCAGUCCAAACGGUUUUAUCUGGACGUGAAGCAGAACCGCCGGGGCAGGUUCAUUAAGGUCGCAGAGAUUGGCGCAGACGGGCGGCGCAGUCAGAUCUUCUUGGCGAUGUCAACAGCAGCGGAAUUCCGAGAUCACCUCUCUAGUUUCAGUGAUUACUAUUCGUCACUGGGUCCCCCCAACCCUGACAAUGUGCCAGACGACGGGAAACUCAAGUCAGAAAUGAUGCUCAAGGAUAACAGACGGUACUACCUGGAUCUAAAGGAGAACUCUCGCGGACGUUUUCUACGCGUGUCACAGACCAUAACGCGUGGCGGGCCGCGCUCACAGGUGGCGCUACCGGCGCAGGGCAUGAUCGAGUUCCGUGACGCGCUCACCGACCUGCUCGAUGACUUUGGCACCGAUGAUGGCGGUUUCAAGGGCGAGCUGCCUGAGGGUCGACACUUGCGUGUCGACAACAAGAACUUUUAUUUCGACAUAGGUCAGAACAACCGCGGCAUCUACAUGAAAGUUAGCGAGGUGAAGAGUAACUUCCGCACGGCGAUCACAGUGCCCGAGAAGUGCUGGACGCGGUUCCGCGACAUCCUUGCCGACUACUGCGACAAAAUGUGUCGCGCUCAUCAGACCACCGACUCGCAUCAGGGUGCCGCGGGGAGCGCGGGCAGUGCGGGGGCGGGCGCGGGGGCUGGAGCCGCGGGGCCCUCGCCCGCUGACCGCGUCGCACCGCGCACGCUCGAGAUAGACACAUUCACGGGUAGCGCGCCGAACCGGAUUUGA